GGAGGUUGAUCGUGACCAUCUGGGUGAUCGUGUCUCCAUCCAACUCCAAACAGAAAUACACCCUGAAGGUGAGUCACGACAAUUUACCUGAGCAGCUUAUUGCAGAGUCCAUCAGGAAGAAGAGCCGAUCGAUGCACCUGUCCCCUCAGCAGCUCCGCCUCUGUGUCCAGGAGUACCAGGGACAAUACAUCCUAAAGGUGUGUGGCUGUGAUGAGUACCUGUUGGAGAAGUAUCCUCUUAGUCAGUACAAGUAUAUCCGGUCCUGUAUCAUAGUGGGUCGUCUUCCUCACCUGAUGCUGGUCUCCAAAGACAGUCUCUACUCUCAGCUUCCUGCCUCCGGCUUUGUCACGCCGUCAUACAGUCGGAGGACACCUCAGCCAUCUCCAUGUCCAGGAGGAGGAGACGGUUCUCCUCCUCGCUCGCUGUGGGCGUUCAACACUCUGCUGAGGGUCCGACUGCUCUGCGCCACCUACGUCAACGUCAACAUCAGGGACAUCGACAAGAUCUAUGUGAGGACCGGGAUCUAUCACGGCGGAGAGCCGCUCUGUGACAACGUCAACACCCAGAGGGUCCCCUGCUCCAACCCCAG